GUUUCAUUUUCCCCAUUUGAAAGCUUCUCUAUAAUUCUGCAGCUGCUAAUCCCACACUCUCAACUGAUUUUACUUUUCAUCAUUGAUUGAGUUUGAUUCAAGUUUUAGAGGGACCGAAAACGUAAUGGUGAAGGUACGGAUGAACACCGCCGACGUGGCGGCGGAGGUGAAGUGUCUCCGGCACUUAAUUGGUAUGCGUUGCUCUAACGUAUACGAUCUUUCUCCCAAGACGUAUGUGUUUAAGCUGAUGAGUAGCAGUGGAGUCACAGCCUCCGGGGAGAGUGAGAAGGUUUUGCUGUUGAUGGAGAGUGGUGUAAGAAUGCAUACAACAGUUUAUAUGCGGGACAAGAGCAGUACUCCAUCAGGGUUUACACUGAAACUAAGGAAACACAUAAGAACAAGAAGGCUCGAGGAUGUGCGUCAGCUGGGAUACGAUAGGAUAAUACUCUUCCAAUUUGGACUAGGUGCUAAUGCACACUAUGUCAUCUUGGAGCUGUAUGCUCAAGGGAAUAUUAUUCUUACGGAUACUGAGUUCACUGUCCUGACUCUCCUGCGGUCACACAGGGAUGAUAAUAAGGGACUUGCAAUCAUGUCACGCCAUCGAUAUCCAGUUGAACAAUCUCGAGCUUUCGAGCGUACAACUAGAGAAAGGAUGUGUGCAGCCUUGGAAUCUUUUGUGGAGGGCAAUAAAGAUCAGCACCUAGAUAGUUGUGAAACUGGAAAUGAUAGUUCUAAUGACCCCAUGGGAAAGCAUGGAAGCCAAAAGAACACAAAGGCUAAUGAGUCAAAGAAAGCUGAUAAUAUCCGUGCGAAGCAGGCAACUCUGAAGGUCGUUCUUGGAGAAGUAUUAGGCUACGGUCCAGCUUUGUCUGAACAUAUAAUAUUGGAUGCUGGUCUGGUGCCAAGUACAAAAGUUAGUAAGGACUUCAAAUUAGAUAGUAACAUCAUUCAGGCACUGGCUGAAGCUGUAAUGAAGUUUGAGGACUGGCUAGCAGAUGUUAUAUAUGGUGAGAAAGUUCCAGAUGGUUAUAUUGUGAUGCAACAAAAGAAUUCAGGAAAAAAAAGUGAUGCGGUAUCUGAUAAAGGGACUUUGGAACAGAUGUAUGAUGAAUUCUGCCCUCUGUUGCUGAACCAGUUCAAAUCAAGAGACUCUUCACGGUUUGAGACAUUUGAUGCAGCCCUGGAUGAGUUCUAUAGUAAAAUUGAAAGCCAACGUGCGGAACAACAGCACAAGACUAAAGAAAAUUCUGCCAUGCAGAAACUUGAAAAAAUCAAAGUUGAUCAGGAAAGCCGUGUGCAUGUACUUAAGAGAGAAGUUCAGCAGUGUAUGAAAAUGGCAGCACUGAUAGAGUACAACUUAGAGGAUGUAGAUGCUGCCAUCGUAGCAGUCCGUGUAGCUCUUGCCAAUGGUAUGAGCUGGGUUGAUCUGGCUCGUAUGGUUAAAGAGGAGAAGAAAUCUGGAAACCCUGUGGCUAGUCUCAUCGACAAGCUGCAUCUUGAAAGAAAUUGCUUCACAUUACUUCUAAGCAACAAUCUUGAUGAGAUGGAUGAUGAUGAGAAAACACAACCUGUGGACAAGGUUGAAGUUGAUCUUGCGCUUUCAGCUCAUGCAAAUGCUCGUCGGUAUUACGAAAUGAAGAAGAAGCAAGAGAGCAAGCAGGAGAAAACCAUCACAGCACAUGAGAAAGCUUUCAAAGCUGCUGAGCGAAAAACCCGCCAACAACUUUCACAGGAAAAAACAGUUGCCACAAUUUCACAUAUGCGCAAGGUUCACUGGUUUGAAAAAUUCAAUUGGUUCAUAAGCAGCGAGAAUUAUUUGGUUAUCAGUGGGCGAGAUGCUCAACAAAAUGAGAUGAUAGUAAAACGCUAUAUGUCCAAAGGAGAUCUGUAUGUCCAUGCUGAUCUCCAUGGUGCAUCUAGUACAGUAAUCAAGAAUCACAGGCCUGAUAACCCUGUGCCCCCUCUGACUUUGAAUCAAACUGGAUGUUUUACAGUGUGCCACAGCCAGGCUUGGGACUCAAAGAUUGUUACUAGUGCUUGGUGGGUGUAUCCUCAUCAGGUUAGUAAAACAGCUCCUACAGGGGAAUAUCUUACUGUUGGAAGCUUCAUGAUUCGCGGUAAAAAGAAUUUUCUCCCACCUCAUCCACUUAUUAUGGGUUUCGGUAUAUUAUUUCGCUUGGAUGAGAGUUCUUUGGGAUCUCAUCUGAAUGAAAGGAGAGUAAGAGGAGAAGAGGAAGGAAUUGAUGAUACUGAGCAAAAUGAAACUUUCAAAGAAAUAUCAGACUCUGGUUCUGAUUCUGAGAAGGAAGUAUCAGGUGAAAAGGAAUCAGACUCACUGUCAAGCAGGAUUUUUCUAACUGAAACUACUACUUCGGGAAUUUCCAUUGGUAAUAAUAAAGAACGCGACUCUUCCAGUGCAACUGCUGCUGUUACACCAGAUUUGCAGGAUCUUAUUGAUAGAGCUCUUGAGCUUGGACCUGGUACUGCAUCUGCUAAGAAUUAUGGGCUCCAACCCUCACAAGAAGAUAUUGUGGAGGAACAUGACCAUGAAAUGACAAAAGCAGCGCAGAGAGAUAAACCUUAUCUUACAAAAGCUGAAAGAAGAAAGCUCAAGAAAGGUCAGAAAGAGGGUGCUGUCGUACCUGCUGGACAUGAAAAGGAAUCAGAAGGAAAUCAUGACACUGUAAGCCAGCCAGACAAUGAUUUUAAAACUUCAAAGCCCAGUACUGGAAAAACUAGCCGUGGGCAGAGAGGAAAACUAAAGAAGAUAAAGGAAAAGUAUGCUGAUCAAGACGAGGAGGAGAGGAACAUUAGAAUGGCUCUGUUGGGUGCUGCCGGGAAAUCAAAGAAGAACAUCGAGAAUUCUGAGAAUGAAAAGACUGCUGCAGAAAAAGUGGUCAAGCUCACUACUGGAGCCGCAGAUGCUGUAAAGAUAUGUUAUAAAUGUAAAAAAGUUGGUCAUACAUCACGGGAAUGUCCGGAACAUCCAGAUGAUACUCAGAGGAGUAAAGCAGGUGGCCAGAUUGAGAGUGGUGAAAGCGAGAUGGAUAGGGUGAUGAUGGAUGAAGACGAUAUCCAUGAGAUUGGUGAAGAAGAGAAAGAGAAACUAAAUGAUGUGGACUAUCUGACUGGAAACCCAGUCCCUAGCGACGUCUUACUCUAUGCAGUACCUGUCUGUGCCCCUUAUAAUGCUCUACAAUCAUAUAAGUACCGCGUCAAGAUAAUUCCUGGCACCCUGAAGAAAGGAAAAGCUGCGAAGACUGCGAUGAACCUGUUCAGUCACAUGCCUGAGGCAACAAGCAGAGAGAAGGAAUUAAUGAAGGCUUGCACAGAUCCUGAGCUUGUUGCUGCUAUAGUUGGUAAUGUAAAGAUUUCAGCGGCAGGCCUUACACAGCUGAAGCAAAAGCAGAAGAAAAACAAGAAAGCAAACAAGGGAGCAAGCUAAAUAUAUGCUGAGGGAGAAAAGUUGCAAAUUUUGUAAUUCAAUAUGUGUACACAUGUGUUUGUCUUUCUUCAGUUGAAAAUUAUCAUCUUCAAUUUGAUUUUACUUGAAUGCAUCCAAUCAGUAUUCGGAAA